AGGGCACAAUUGGUUGUGAUGGCGACUGUCGUUCUAUAACAGGUUUAGUUUAGUACGUACGCUCAUUUAUACAAGAGGAGUUUCUUAAAUGAUAGAAAUAUGUUUUGUAUGAUCGAUAAAGUUGUAGACGAUGGAGUUCAAGAAAAAUCAAGUAAUGACAAAAAUAGAUCACCAAAGAUCAACAAAAAAGGAAAAGGUAGCCCGAAACAAAAAGGUAGGGGGUCCGAGGUCAAGCAGAAUGACGACGUGUCGGAGAACGAACCGGACUCCAGCGAGGCAACGGAUGGUGGUUCGUGCCCCUCACCCAACGGGCCAAUUGGUGAUGGUUUUAAAGAAAAAACUAUGGGUGUAAACGGUAUAAGAGAAGAUGGCCUUCGCAAGCAAAACUGUGCGCAGGAGGAUGAAAGCUCAACUUCUGAAUCUCACUCCAGUGAUGAUCUGGAACACUUUACCACAUCAUGGUUCAGUGGUGAUAGUAAUCCACCUACUUUUACAUUUGAAGUUGAUGCUUUAGCCUUGGUAAUGUUUUUAAUUGCUGUGACAACAAGAAUGUAUAGACUUGAGGAACCAAGAGGAAUUGUAUUUGAUGAACUCCAUUAUGGAAAGUUUGCCAUUCUGUAUAUGAAGAGAACAUUUUUCUUUGAUGGUCAUCCACCACUGGGAAAGCAACUUAUUGCACUAGCUGGCUACCUUGCAGGAUUUGAUGGUAAUGUCCAGUUUGAUAGAAUUGGAAGCAAAUAUCCUAAUGGCUUCCCAGUGUGGUCCCUUCGUGCUGUUCCUGCUUUUUUUGGAAGUCUUCUUGUUCCUGUAGUCUAUCACCUUAUUGUUGAGUUAGGGUUAACACAUAAAACAGCUGUUCUGGCAGCAGUGCUUGUUAUUUUAGAAAACUCCCUUCUAACGCAAUCCAGGUUUAUUCUCAUGGAAAGCAUGUUGCUGUUUUUCUCCUUUUAUGGAAUCUUAGCUCUAUUAAAGUUCAGAAAAUUGAAAAACAAGCCAUUCUCGCCAUCUUGGUGGUUCUGGUUGUUUAUGAUGGGUUCAUCGUUGACAUGUGCAAUCUGUGUGAAAUACAUCGGGUUUUUCUCUGCAGUCCUGGCAGGAACUAUUAUAACCUGGGAUUAUUGGCAUAUGAUUGCUGACAAAACAAUAUCAGAUAAAAAAUUGGUGUUACAUUUUUUUGCAAGAUUUUUAAUGCUGGUUGCUGUACCAGUUUGCUUAUAUCUGCUGACAUUCUACAUUCACUUAAACCUUCUGACCAAGGCUGGGCCCCAUGACAACAUCAUGACUAGUGCAUUUCAAGCAAGUUUAGAGGGUGGACUAGCUUCAAUUACGAAAGGUCAGCCAUUAGAGAUUAGUCAUGGGUCACAAAUAACAUUGCGCCACACACAUGGCCGUGCCUGUUGGCUACAUUCGCAUCCUCACGUGUAUCCCUUACGAUACCCAGAUAAACGAGGCAGCUCACAUCAGCAACAGGUGACUUGUUACAGUUUUAAAGAUGUUAAUAAUUGGUGGAUUGUGAAACGUCCAAAAAAGAAUGAUCUGGUAGUGUCUGAACCCGUGGACAAGAUACGUCAUGGGGAUAUUAUCCAAUUAGUUCAUGGAAUGACUAGUCGAGCACUCAACAGUCACGAUGUUGCAGCUCCUAUGUCCCCUCAACAUCAGGAAGUGUCCUGUUAUAUUGACUAUAAUAUUUCUUUUCCUGCACAGAAUCUGUGGAAAGUAGAAAUAGUGAAUAAAGAUACUGAAGGAGCUGUGUGGCACACCAUUCAUUCCCAUGUUCGACUUAUCCACGUCAACUCAACACAGGCCUUAAAAUUUAGUGGAAAACAGUUGCCAGAAUGGGGAUUUAACCAGCAUGAAGUUGUGACUGACAGAGUAAUCAAACAGGAUGACACUGUGUGGAAUGUGGAAGAGCAUCGGUACACAAAAAAUGCUGACCAAAAGGAGAGAGAGCGGGAAAUGGGAAUGGCCGAGUUUGUUCCUCUUCAGCCAACUCAGUUGUCAUUUUUUGAAAAAAUAUGGGAGUUACAGGUUAAAAUGUUAACAGUUAACCAAGAAAAUGUUCAAGAUCAUAUGUAUAGCAGUGAGCCAAUGGAGUGGCCCUUCCUUAGCCGGGGUAUUGCCUAUUGGAUUAGCCCACACAGCAAUGCACAGAUUCAUCUUAUAGGAAAUGUAGUGAUAUGGUAUUCGGCAACAGUGGGAAUGUUCGUAUACCUGGCAAUUUUUCUCUUCUACAUACUUAGACGUCGCCGGGCAUGUUAUGACAUCCCUGAAGAUACUUGGGAAAAAUUCUGUGUAAUUGGGAAGCUAUUUCUGAUUGGUUAUCUUCUUCACUUCCUGCCCUAUUUCUUUGCGGAUCGUACGCUCUUUCUGCAUCAUUACCUUCCAGCAUUUUUGUACAAGCUGUUAUUGUUGGUUGGGCUUAUUGAACAUGUGAUUUUCUUGUUCAACUAUACUGUCAAGUCAAGAAUGUUAAGAAGAUUGUUUUACAUCAGUAUAUUUGCAUGGUUGCUUGGUGCAUUGUUUGUGUUCUGGAACUUCAGUGUUUUCAGCUAUGGAAGAACUCCACUAUCGGCUCAACAAGUUAUGGAUCUGAAAUGGAAGGAUACUUGGGAUUUCAUCAUCCAUCGCACUUGAGAUUUUCCUUGAGAUUGAAUUUUUUAUUUUUCUGAUAAUAUUUUUAAGUAUCUUACAUUAUAAAAGAGAUUUAAAUGUGUAGGGUAUUGGAAAAGUGAUAUGUCCCCUACCUGAUCAUUGACAUCUGUCAGGAAGCAGAUGCGUCUUUCAUUGACCGUUUUUUUUUUCUGUUAGAUU